GAUUUCACUUGUCAGUUUCGCCAGAUUCGUGUAGUGGUCCGCACCUACUGGGUCUAAAAAAUGUAGUUUUACUCACGACGGUGUAGUUUUUUUACGAAAAAAAUACCUUAAUGAGGCCCACGUCGACUUCCUGAUCGGCACUUAACGUUGAUUUAAGUUUGUUUUUAGUUUCGCGGUCAUGAGCGAGGAGAAGGAGUCGGAAACGCCGAACGGCGUGCCCGAGUCACCCAAACCUUUGGCUUUCACCAUAGAUUUUGGUGGCGAGAAGAAAAUUGAUCCGGUCAAACACCAAAACAUGAUAGAAAAGUACCAGAAGCGUCACAGGAGGGGCCAAUCCUUGUCUAAGCUCGAGGAGAAGUCCGCCAGCACGACACCCAAGCACCCCCUGACUGGCAACUUGCCCAGGAAGUCCAGCUUCCAAUCGGAGGGCUACUUCUCUUCGGAUGAGAAGAACGAGAGGGCGAAAAGUGCGAGGGGGACGGGCAAACGAGGUGAUCUUACUCUGCAACUGAAAAAUGUGACCAUGGAUCCACGUAUGACCCAGUCGUUUCCAUCCACCGAGCUGCCCAGCAUAAUCAGCCCUGACAUCGAGCUCAAGGAUGUGUCUAGUCCUGAAUUAGAUUUAAUUAGUCCGUUCAGCCCCAAGGUGCCGUCUGAUAACAACGAAAUAAACUUAUCUGAUGUUAAAGUGACAGCCUCCAGCUCCGACAGUGAAAACAUAUUUAUCGAGUCUAGUGAUGACAACAACUUCAUUGACGGUACCGAUUUUGAGUUUGACAAGUCCGAUACUGUUAGUGACGCUGGAACCUACACAUUAGAUGCUGACAAUUAUUCGGAGGAACAAAAAGCUAGGAUGAGUAUUGACCGUGAGUUUAAAAUUGAGCAAAUGUCCGUGCAACAGAAGACCGAACAGUACAUUAGAAGUCUGGCCGAGGCCAGGGAAAAGAAGAUCCCCCCAUUGAACAUUAAGGAAAAUGAGGUGGUGAAGGCUGUGCAAAUGUUGAAGUUAAACGAGGAGACCGCCCUCAAGUCCCCCAAGUCCCCGCUAGGUCGACGAUCGUUCUUACCACCCUGCUCCCCCAAAUUAAUUCCAGUCAAGACGUUAUCACCCAUAACGUCCCCGACACAAAACAUUUCCAUUACAGCCACCCUCCAGGAGAAGAUAAACAACAGUGAUGAGGUGGUGCUGAACAACACAUUCACCAAAAUCAUGUAUCCUAGUCCCAAAGCCAAGAACAAUGGUUUAGAUGAGUUUGUAGACCAAGGCAGUGUGAUAUCAGUGACUUCAAGUGGUGCUUUCCGUUCGAAAAGUGACAAACCUAAGCGUAAGUACAGUUUAUCUAAGUCGGAAGUGCAAGUGGAGGCCUUCAUCGACGACAAACCUGUGUUCAACGAGGUGACUGAAGUGAAACCAUCGAGGAACACGCCCAAACUAACAGCCAACAUAGUUAACGUACAAAAUAUUGAGGUAAACAAGCCGAAUAUAUCGAUUGAGGGGUACGGGAAGCUGGGGACCACCACCAAUUUACCGCCGGCAGUCGGGGGGUACUCUGGCAAGAACUCACCCACUAAAAUUCCUUCUCCCAUUCAUACAUAUCGGCCCAGGAGCCGGGGUAGCAUUUCCCAUAACAUAGAUUUAUCUGACAGCAGUCUGGACACCGAGAACAUCCUGAAGCCCACGCAGAACUUUAUUAAUUCGCUGCAGCAACGCCUGUCCCUCGACAGCGACCCGGACAGUGACUUCGAGAUGAAGUGUGGGAUGCAGCUGAACAACACGGCACACUUACUGAAGCAAAGGGCCAACCACAUAAGGCACAACUCCUUGGACGACAGGACGAUGAACGUGUCCAACAAAUUGGAGCACUUUCAGAACAAAAACUUGCAGGGUAUUGAUCAAACUUACAGCAACGUGUUUAAUCAAUACGGAACCAACAGGGUGAUACACAAAAUCCAAAACAGCCCCAACAACUCCCCCAUAAGGCGGUCGAGCAGCUUCACCACCAAAAACCAAAUCAACACCAUCGCCAAGAACACGAACGUGACCCAGAAGGAGGUGAACGUGUGCAACUCCCCGAACCUGGGGCGAAACACCUCGAUACAACGGUCGAGCUCGACGGCAUGCAUCAAGCCGAACUUCCUAGGCCAGCGCAGGGCCAGCGUCGAACACCAGAAGAUCGACCGCAGCCAGUUCGGCGACACCGAGUCCAGCUCCGAGGACGACUUCGAGAAGACCCUGCAGAAACGCCGCGAUCUGGCCAACGUGACCAACACCCGGUGCAACCGGGCGUUCAGUUUGCGGAGGGCGCGGGCGGACAGCGAGAUCUCCGGCGUCGGGAAGUGUCCGAACACGCCGGAGAUGCGUCGCAAGUACCAGCCGGACGCGAAGGGCGAGAGGGCCAUUUCGGUGGACCGGAAGCCGGUGCGGUCGAACGAGGUGCAGAGUCGGUAUUUGAACAUAGCGAAGAGGUCGCCGGUGCCGCAGUCGACGCCGGUGCGGCCGGAGCCGGUGGUUGCCAAGCAGACGCCGAAGACGCCGGCCAGUGCGGUCAAGAAACCGCAGGCGUUCGCCCGGACGGACAGCGGACGGUUCAGCAUGCGCACACCGAAACCGCCCGUGGCGAAUGCGCAGAAGAACGUCAAGAAGGAUUCCGGUAAAAAAUCGGGCGGCGGACGCAGCAACUCGUCGCUGUCGAGUCGCGAGGUCGAGUUCCAGAACUGGAAGCGCAGGAAGAGCUACGAUCCGAUGAAGGCGGCGGCCGAGGGCAAGCGGAAACAGGAGCUCGCCAAGAAGAUGACGCAGGGCAACGCCAUGACCCAGUCCUACACCGAAUCGAACCACUCGCAGGACAGCUCGCCGUCGCAUUCCAGCUCGGUGCACCGAUCUCAGAGCUUUCAUGGAACAGCUGCACUGGAGCAAUUGAUCAGUUCCGAGGAGGAGGAGGAUCUGACGUUGUCGGCUGACGAGGGACUCAGUCCACCGACGCCCAGUCCGUGCGAGCAGAGUCCCGUGCGGAACAGCUGGAAGCACUCCCUCUGGACUAGGAACUACCAUUAGUCUAUACUUUUUACAUAGGCGAAACGAAGCCGUUGCUCGAGGCCAUUCACUUUGGGGUUGUGGGGGAUGGGAUAGGUCGUACUUGGGACGUUCUGUUUGUUGCGUUUAAUCAGUUCAGUUUAUUGUCUUUUGCAGGAUUCAAUUUUAUGAUGUCUCGAAUUUAAAUCUAUUAGGAAAGUCAUUGUUUUGCCGUUUAUCAUUUUUGUUUGGCCAAGACUAUUAUGGAAUGUUUCAAUGUUCACGUUUCUUAUCAAUUGUUGUAUAUAUUGGAUGUGACUGGUACUGGGCAACGCCAUAGAAAAUAUCGAAAGUAUUUGUUACCCCACAUAAGCAGAAACAAUGUGAAAUACCCAUAGUAUUUGUAUUAUUUUAUUAAGUAACGUAGUACGUAGGUAAUGUUUCUUGUUUUUGAUUUUGCUAUUUCGUAGUGAUAAUUUUCUAGUGAAACGAGUUUUGAUUAAAUAAAUGCAGCAGCUCAAACAAGGCCAAAAUCGUACUGCCUUAGUAUAAAAUUAUUUUUGUUGUUGUAUUACUGUGAUAUCUGUUAAGGAAUACAAUUAUUCAACCUGUCCAUAUUGAAUUAACAUUACCUACCUACAUUUUGUAUAUUUUUCAAUUCAUAAGCAUAUCAUCACAAGUAUUAUUAGUAUUUGUUUCUGUUGUACUUGUAUAUGUGCAAUCAUUUCCUUCUUUGAAGAAUUAUUAAAAUUUAUUAAGGAUUUCUAACAAUUGGGUUCAAACAUAUACCCAGUUUUGUUGAAGCAAAUACCUUUGAUCAUAUUGUUUUUAUAAUUCUUUAAGGCUAGAACGUACUUUGUUGAUACUUCCUCAAUGUGUAAAUUCCACGCCGUUUUCGAAAUUGCGUGCGUAUUACAAUAAUUAAUAGAGUAAGUAUAGAAUAUAACCAAAAACAUGUGAUUUUAUUAAAUGAGAUUAUGUGCAAAAUAUUUUUAUUAUGUCUAUAUUUAGGUUUUGCUAUGAAUUUUAAAUGCUUGUUAUUUAAUAUGCGAUUGAUUCAAUACUUGUUCUUAUUGUAAGCUUGCCUUAUGGCAAAUACAUAUAUUUUGUAAAAAUAGUUGACAGUGAUUUAUAUAUUCAGUAUAUUCAUAUUUGAUCAAAUUAAUUUUUUCUGUUGCAUGUGUUAAAACAUUAUUGCUUUACUAUUAAUAAAAUGAUAUAUAAAAA